AUAAUGUAUACAAUAUAUAUAUAAUGUAUAAGAAAUAAAAUAAAACAAAGUGGAUAAUGAGGAAGACAGGGAGGAAGUUGGCAUGAUCCGCUGGGGGGUGAGAGGGUAGAUAAGGCUCCAGCGACUGGAGCGGAGGCCAGUUCAGUUCCAGGCAUGGAGCAGUGUGGAUCAACCUUCACUUCUCCUCUCUCUAUCGAGUAUUACGAUACUGAGCGGAUAUAGUGGCUUGUCCUUGGAUCAGCAGUUUCAGAUUUCCCAAUGUUGAGAUGGAGUUGCUCAUGCCGUCAGGCGGCUAUGUCGCUGCCAGUAUAGUUUUGUUCUUCAUAGGAUUUAUCGGGUUCUUCGCCAACCUCACUGUCAUUGUUGUUAUGUGCAGAGAUCAACAGCUCUGGACACCACUCAACUACAUUCUCUUGAAUUUGAUUAUGUCGGAUUUUUCUGUCUCUCUUUUGGGAAAUCCAUUCACGUUUGUCUCAGCUGUUGCGAAAACAUGGAUAUUCGGAAAGACUAUGUGCAUAAUCUAUGGAUUCUUCAUGGCCAUUCUAGGUAUCACCUCGAUCGGUACCCUCUCGCUUCUGUCCCUAGAGAGGUACCUCAUCAUCAGCCGGCCGGUGAGCCACGGGCAGCUCACGAGGAAGACAGCCAUCCUCUUGGUCAUGGCCGUCUGGCUGUACUCCUUCACGCUCACCUUCCCUCCCCUCGUAGGGUGGGGGGAGUACGGCCCUGAGGCAGCGAACCUCAGCUGCUCGGUGAACUGGGAGACGAGAAGUCACUCUUCCACUUCCUACAUCAUUUACCUCUUCGUUUUUGGUUUCUUCUUGCCCAUCAUCAUCAUUUGCUACUCAUAUAUGAACAUUAUUUUUACAAUAAAAAAGAGUAGACACACCGCCGGGAGGGUGGCCAAGGCGGAGUCGAGGGUCACCUGGAUGGUGGCCAUCAUGAUCGUCGCCUUCUUCGUCUCCUGGACGCCCUACGCCAUCUCGGCCCUCCUCAUCGCCUUCCUCGACGCCAGGAUCAGUCCUGGGCUGGCCACGGUACCUGCCGUCUUCGCCAAGACCAGCAUAUGCUACAACCCCAUCAUCUAUGUCGGUCUCAACUCUCAGGAGAAGGAAGCCUUCGAAAUUGGUGGCUCAAUCUUGAGAUUUGGUGAAAAAUUGACCUAUGAUAUGACUUGCCGAUCAAAAACACCAUCGAUAAAUAAUAUAAGCUCCUCCUCCCUCGAUCAUAGAGACUAUCCGGGUCUUGUUGUACGCAUCAAACUCUUCUAUAUCCAAUUUGUCCCGUAUCGAUCUACAGACCUAACACUGUUCAGGUAUUGA